CCACCGCGGUGCCUGCUGGGCCGCAAUCCACGCGCUCCCGGCGACUUUUGCGCUGGCUGGCAGCUGAAGUAGGUGGACGUUGGUUAAUUGAACACACUUUUGAGAAUCAACACGGCCGAAGGAGGGAGUCAGGGCUGGGUGAAGCAAAGCUCCCGUGGGCUCCGAAAGAUGCGUACAGAAAGCUCGGACAACGUACCCACAGUUUGGACUACAUCUCCCGUGACGCCUUGCGGCCCAUAGGCUUUUCCUCGAUCCCUCGUCCCGGCAGUCUCCGCGGUAUGCGGGGCGCGGCGCCCGCGGUGGGCGUGGCAUGAGGCGAGGCGGGGCGGACGGCAGCCGCCGACGGUGGCGGCGGCCUAGGCGAUGCCGCUGCUGGUGGACGGGCGUCGAGUGCGGCUGCCGCGGUCUGCUGCGGAACUGGUUCGAGCGCACCCGCUGCUGGAGGAAAGAGCCAGACUUCUCAGAGGUCAGUCUGUUCAACAAGUGGGACCCCAGGGCCUUCUGUAUGUUCAGCAAAGAGAGCUUGCAGUGACCUCCCCAAAGGAUGGCUCCAUCUCCAUUCUGGGUUCUGAUGAUGCCACUACUUGUCACAUUGUGGUCCUGAGGCAUACAGGUAAUGGGGCGACCUGCCUCACACACUGUGAUGGAACUGACACCAAAGCCGAAGUCCCCUUAAUAAUGAGCUCUAUAAAAUCCUUUUCUGACCAUGCUCAGUGUGGAAGGCUGGAAGUGCACCUUGUGGGAGGCUUCAGUGAUGAUAGGCAGCUGUCACAGAAACUUACUCAUCAGCUUCUUAGUGAAUUUGACAAACAAGAUGAUGACAUUCACUUAGUGACAUUAUGUGUGACAGAAUUAAAUGACCGGGAAGAAAAUGAAAACCACUUUCCGAUCAUUUAUGGCAUCGCUGUCAACAUUAAAACUGCAGAGAUUUACAGAGCUUCCUUUCAAGAUCGUGGCCCAGAAGAGCAGCUUCGUGCUGCGAGAGCUUUAGCAGGAGGCCCGAUGAUUAGCAUUUAUGAUGCAAAGACAGAACAACUUCGAAUAGGCCCGUAUUCCUGGACGCCAUUUCCACAUGUGGAUUUCUGGUUGCAGCAAGAUGACAAGCAAAUACUAGAGCAAAUAUACUGUUUCCUGGAAAUAAAGCUCUCCUCUACAAAAAAAAUGAAGAUGGUUUAUGGGAAAAGAUCUCCUCUCCAGGGAGCUAACACCAGAGUUACCAGAGAACACAACUGUUUGGCUCAGCAGAUCAUUGGCGGUUUGGAAUCUACGUCUGUGCAGCAGUUUUACCUCUUCCUUGCUUACUGUCUUUCAAAAUAAAAUCUUAUUUUGGCAAAGGCA